GAGAGAGAGAUUUUAGUGGUUCAGGUGCUCUGAAAGAGUUCCUGUGUCGAUUAUAUAUUUAUGGGUGUCUAGAAAGACAUGGCCGACCCCAUUGGGACAGUCAGCAGGUAAUGUCCUCCUGCACCCGGGCAUUCAGAUCAUUUUUUCCUGGGAAAUGUUCGUCUGAGGCGGCUCCACCCCCCGCAGCCUCCUCCCACGUGUCACCCCCUGGUUCUCCUCGUUGUCUCGUUGGGGACGCAGAGCACGGAGUCCACAUCUCGCGGCAGACUGAUGGGUUUAUCAGGAGGAUGUUCAGAGAAAAGCGAGCCUGGAUUCACGUGAGAGAUGAGUUGUUGACGUUCCCCCAGUCAGCCGGUGGAUUCAUUCAUCUUGUUCCGUUCAGCGGGGCUGCCUGGAGCCAGUGCUAGCCUGCAUGGCACCGCUCAGGUGGACUGGCUGAACAUUUCGUUAAAAAUAGUCGCCUUCAUUCACAAUGUUCACACCUGUCCUCUGGACUCGUGGCGGUGUGCACCUCCUGCUUCGCCCGCAGCACGGUAACUGAUCUGCACCCAGCAGUGAGUGUGAGCCCCCGGUCCGCCCGCUGCUGGAAACCCAACGUGGAGGAGGAUGGCCGUCCGCCGCAGCUGCGUGAACUCUCUCUGGUCUGGCCCCGAGCGAGUCCGCAUUAGCGAGCGCCUCAAAGCCACGCUGGCGGGGGUGCUGGAGCUGGAGGAGCUUAGGCGCAAACACCUGGAGAUGGUUGGAGCCGCGCUGGUGGAGCGAGCUCCGGCUGCUGCCAACACCGAGGAGGGCGACGGAACCCCCGGGAGCGCCACCGCCGCCUCGGACGCCGAGCAUGGCUCUGCGACAUCCCGCGGGCAACAGGCUGCAUCUCCUACGGAGACUAUGGCGUUGCCCUGUCAGAGCAGUCCAGAGGACUGUGGCAGCAGUUCGGGGGGUGCGACCCUUCAGUCCUCCUCCAGCAGGGACAGUAACUCACGGUGGUCCACUCUGUCCUGGGACGCCGCCUCUGACCUGCUGUCACCUCCAACUCCAGACCCUAGUGGCACAGUCCCUUUGGAUGGCGACUCCAGACCGAGUUCAGGUUUCUACUCCGUGAGUGGGAGCUCUCUGUCGGACUCCUGCUACUCCGUGUCCAGCGACGCUGCUCAUGGAGGACCGCCGCCUCCUGCCAGACCCCCAAAGCUGUGGGAGCAGGUUCCUGCAUCUGCUGACAUCACUGACAUCUUGUGGUCAGAGGAGGGAGUGCAGUCGCAGCCUGAAUCAGAAAACAGCCCAGAUACGGAACCAGCAGUAGGACCAGAGCCGGCUCCAGGUGAUCAGGAUGCCUCUCGUCUGAGCUUCCUGUCUGAACUUUGCACAGUACUUGGGGACUCCCUGGUUUCCUCCAUCAUGCCGAUUCUAAACCAUGCGUCUUCCUCCUCCUCCCACAAUUCAAAGCUCCAGCUGGACCCCAGCUACUGCACAGAUCUGGUGUCCCGUCGGACCAAAGAGGUGUAUUCCUAUCCGAGCCCGCUCCAUGCUGUUGCCCUCCAGAGCCCCCUCUUCACCACCCAGAAUCAGGAGCAUUCAACCUCUCCUUCACCAGAUGAAACCAAUCAGGAAGAGCCGCUAGAUCCCAUCACUGCUGCUGCUUCUCCUCAGCCUCAGCAGCCGCCCACUUUGGCCUCCAUCACCCAUUUGGAUCAGUACAUCUCCCGGCUGGCUCACCAGUACCAGAGUCGGGUAACCUCUUCCACCUCCGAUCUGACUUUAGCUGCCACUCCUGGUCCAGUCACAAGCCGAGGUCUUUGUACCCCCCGUAAAAGUCAUGGCUCCACCCAAUCCCUGUCCUCCUUUGAGAGCCGUAGUAUUCCCUCCACCCUGCCAGGGGGCAGCAUCACACCCAGCAAGUCACUGCUGGGGAACGCAGCCAGAGUCAGCCUCAGCACCACCGGUAAAAAGGGAACCAGGAACUCAAUCAACCUGGGGAAUCUUCCUUCAGCGACUGGAGAAGACCUGAGCAUAAACCUGCAUCUCAAUCUGAACCUGAACCUGGCUCCUGGUCUGAACUCAAGCCGAGGGCAGACAGAAAACCCCAAAACCGGCAGUUGUGGGGCUUUAAGGGCUGACUUUCCUACAGCUUCCACGGCUUCUGCCUCUCCGCUGUCCUCUGCUACGCCCACUCCAGGACUGAGAUCCCGUUCUCGGAUUUCAACAUGUCCCAGCAGCCUGAGUCACCGAAGCUCCCUGGAAGUCCCGUCGGGCUUGGCAGCCGGUUCUGGUUUCAGAUCAUCGGUCUUCUGUCGCUCACUAGAUUGGAGCAGUGGUGCUCCCCCUGAGAUCGGACCUUCUGUGUUUACAUCAAGUACCGGGUCAGCUCCUGGGUCUCAGCGCGGCAGCUUAAUCCAAGAAUCCAGCUCAAGUCCCAAACUAAGUGAAGACUCCCCCAUGGUGGGGGAGAUCUCCCGCCUGUCUGGUCUGUCCAGGGCAGUGGUGGUGGGGCUGAUGGAGCAGGGCGUGGAGCUCGAUAUAGACUGUUUUCAGACAGAUGCUGCUGGUGAGGUGAGGGGACACAGCAAGGGUCACCUAACAGCCCAGAAGGACCAGUCCAAUGACUACGCCAGGGUGGCAGAGGUGAACCCUCAGAGACCAAUACAGCUGUCUCUCAGCGUCACCCAUUCUCCCCAGUCCCAGUCUAGUCUCACCCCUCCUCUCUCUCACUCCAGCAGCCCCAUCCACCCAUACCAGUCCAUCCAUUUUCCUACACCCCUUUACUCCUCACACAGCCACUACCAGCACAUCUCUUCUCCCUCCAAACUCCCCUCAUCUACAGCCUCCUCCCCGGCUUCACAUCCCACCCAGAGAGCGCACUCCCCUCCACGCCCUCUACAGCCGUCUCCGAUGGGCGCCACGCCCCUCUCGGUUUUCCGGCGAGAUUCUCCCUUCCAGUGCUCCCUGCCGCACGCCAACACCAGAUCCUCCCCUAUGGAGCACGGAGGCAUCCAACCGAGAGGUGGAUCACUUCGGCACAGCGGGGGAGGAAGUGAAAGCACCAGCAGGUGGAAGAAGGUGGAGGGAGAGGGGCUCUACAGAGGGAAGCAUGUCUCCCAUAAGUUGGUGAGGGCUGCUACUGUUAGCAGCUACGCCAAGAGAGAGAACUACAGCUCUGUUUGGGCUGAAGAGGAGGAGAAGGUACGAGCAGCGGCCCAGACACCCAAGAAGUCCUCCAGCAAGCUCUGGAAGGGGUUCGAGGAGCGUCUCUGGGGCAAAGAGUCUGAGAGUGAAAAGGAGGAGCUGGACAGAGCCGAGUAUGGUUAUGGCUGGAGGAGGGGGAGCAUCGGAAGCUGGAGGAGGGAGCUUCGGAGGGUGAAGGCAUCAUCCAGCAGUGCUGACAAGAAGCCAAAAGUAGACAGCUCUCCCAUCUUCUCCAGAACGAGAGGAAGAGAAGAAGGGGAAAGACGCAGCUCCAGCCUCAGGCUUUCAAGGAGGGCUCUGUUCAGGAGCGAAUCUCAGGGGCUGCUCGUCCCUCGCAGCUACAGGGAGGAGUCGACCAAGCGGGGACACUGGGUGUCCUCUUUAGAUGUGGCGCAAGGCGGGAUGGGGCUCAGCAAGGAUGAAGGGAUCAGGCUGCUGAGAGCAAAGGAGGAGGACAAACGGCUUUCUUCCACUGCCAGCCUCUUUAACCUCUCCCGCUCUCAAAGCCUAGAGGGCAGCUGCCAGUCCCUGUCCCCUCUGUCCUCCCCGUCCUUUUCUCCGUCCCCACCUCCACGAAAGCCCCUCCAGCGCUCCCGAUCGCUGAGGGACUUGGGGAGGAAGGUGUUUGGCUCAAUGAGGUCCCUGAGUCUCAAACAGAAGCCAUCUAAGAAGUGAUGUUUGUACAGAAGACGAACUUUAAAUAGACGAAUCUCCACUGCAUUACACUCAUAACACCAGAUGUGCUUAGUAUUAUAUUUGAUGUUAAGGAAGUGCCAUCGGUUUUAAAUUUCACUCUCAAACGUGCAACACUGCCCUGAAAACAGUAAAAUGUUCCUCAGAAGGUGUUUCUACGACGGUUUUUCAUCGUGUGAGCGCCGUUUCCAGCUAAACUCCACUCUGGUGUUGUUCUGUGACAAAAAUAAACGUUUUAACAUAAUAAA